AUGUUGAUCGAUCGAUCGAUCGCCACAGGCCAGUGCAACCGAAACAUCAGUAAUAUCGGCAUCCAGCGGUCGUACGGGUCCGUCGGGCUCCGAGCGGAAUUUACCAGCAUGGACUAUCUGGGUAAAUGCAAGUUUUAUGCCGAGUGGGUCUAUGCUGGGAGCUGGCCGGAAGACAGACUCGAGGAGUGGGUUGUGCCUUUGUACGGAGCCAUGGCCAAGAUUCGGCAGGAGGACCCGCAGCUGGACGAGGAAUUGUACAAGGGCCUCGAAGCUGCCAUCAAGACGGCUCAGGAUUGUAGUCGGGUGGCGGUCUCCCAGGUGCGGAUAGCUGAGGAGUGGGAGGCUUCGCUGACGCCUGAGGAGCAGGAGGAUGUGAGGAAGUGUCUCGAGAAGGAACGCGAGUUCGGGGACAGGGUAAAGUAA